AUGGUUGUAGUCGCAAGUUGUUUUCACAGAGAGGAUGUGAAUGAUGAUAGAGUCAAGGAGCUGAUGGAGUUGAUAAGGACUAAGCAUGACUUCAGUGACCAUGUUUGGGCUUUCGAAGAAACUGCAGAGGUUUCUCUGGAUCUGGAUGAUGAAGCAGCUGUGAAUGCUGGAGCAGCAGAGAGUGAUGAAGACUUUCACACUCCAAAUGGAUCAACUAGUGUAGGCGUUUCAUCAAAAAAGAGUAAGAAGAGGCUCCCAGAUCGUGGUAUGGAAAAAAGGAAACAUAAGGUUCUAUCAACUGAACCUAAGCAAGCGGUUCUUAAUGAUGACAUGAAGGCUUGGGUGAAAGAGUUAUUUGAGAAAAAUUUCAAUGCAAUGGAACUUAGGCUACAGAAACAGAUGGAUGAGAAAUUUGAGACACUGCAGUCUGAGCUGAAAGGAUCGCGCAAGGAUUCUAGAGUUGAGCUCAAAGAUUCCGGGAACGAUGGACAGCCUACACCGACAAAGCCAUCGACGAGCCAGCCAGAGUUGAGGAGGUCCACUCGUGGGGAAGCGUCUCAUAGUCUACCCGAUGGGAAUUUCAGUGAAGCAGAUGAUAUCUUCCGAGAGAUGGGUACGCAAGGCGUUGAAAGGCUGUCUCAGCCCUCGUAUGUGCAGGGUUUUGAUCCAUCUCAGCCCUCUAAAGAAGAUGACUGGUGGACUCCGAUGACUUCAGUCAGAGGUUCAAAAGCUAAACAAAGCAAAGGUAGUACAGCUCCACCUCCGUCGCAAUGGAAGAAAUGGAAAGGCAAAGGCAGUACACCCCAGCUUCUCGAUAACCCAUUGCCCGACGGUUCUCCGCAGUCGUCACUUUGUUAUUUCUCCGAAGAAUCAUGGACAGGAUUCAUGGAAUGGUGUCUGAACCCAAUAGCUAUAAAGAUUGGUCCUUCAUUCUUCAAUUUGGCUGUAGCUACAAGGAUAAUAUGUUCUCCACAAUGGCUAGGCAAUGAGGAAAUGGAUUCAAUUAUGUUUAUAUGGCGAGUGAACACAUCUUUCAAGCGUUGGACCCCAACCCGUGUUGCUUUCAUGCCCUCCAUCUUCUGCCUCCAAAUGGACACUGAAUUCAACAAGUUUGUCCCAAACAAAAAAGCUUAUGAAUUGCAUGAGUUUCUUAUUUCUUACGGCAGAGGAGAGCUUCCAGCUCAUGGGCGGACUGAUCAAGUCUGGGGUGUCGAUGUUGAUCGUCUCUAUUUUCCUCAGUUUGUAAAUGGUAAUCACUGGAUUGCUGUCUGCAUCAACAUCAUUGAGAGAAAAGUGGAAGUCUUUGAUUGUAAUAGAGGAAGGAAUAGGCAAUACGUUGAGAAGUUUGCGGCUUUGAUUCCGCGGAUAGUGAAGGCCGUUGCACCACCCGAAAGCAAGAAGAACCUACUCGUAUCACCAUAUUCUAUAGUAGAUGUACCGAUGAAGGCGAGGUUGAACAAGAGUUGUGCUGAUUGUGGAGCAUACGCACUCAAACACUUGCAAUGCCAUCUCCUUGGUCUCGACCUCGGUUUAGUAGAUGACGAAAUCAUCCAGGGCUGCAGACAGAAGAUUGCUGUGGACUUAUGGGAGGCUUCACACGAUCCCAUAUUAGCUCAGGUUAUGACUCAGUAUGUUCCUUCACCAUGGGAUAAGCCUGGGGUCUAUGACCUGUCAGAAGAUGACUGA